AUGAAGGUUAUACAAUCUCUUGUGUUGUAUGCUCUAGGAGGUGAGUUAAGUAUGCAUUAUGUUAAGAACUUCAUGAUUAAGAAUUGGAAUUUUGUUCAAUUACCUGAUAUGUACUAUCAUGAAGAUGGUUACUUUAUCCUUAGGUUUAAGUCGUAUAAAGAGAGGGAUGAUGUUUUGAUGAAGGGUCCUUAUUUCUUUAUAAAUAUGCCUUUGCUUAUUCGAGAAUGGAGAGUUGACUUUAACCUGCAGACUGAUCUUCUUCGCACUCUUCCCAUAUGGGUUAAAUUACCAAACCUUCCCUUAUACUUAUGGGGUGAAACAAGCCUAAAUAAGAUUGGAAGUGCUCUUGGGGUUCCCAUAGUGACUGAUGAGUGCACUGCAAAUAGAUUAAGAAUUUCAUAUGCUCGGAUUCUGGUUGAGAUGGACAUUACAAAAGAUUUACCUAUUGAGAUAACCAUUAGAGACAAUGUCGGGGAGAAAAUGCAGCAAGCUAUAGACUAUAAAUGGCGUCCUAUUUUAUGUGGAAGAUGUCAAAAAUUUGGCCAUCACUGUGAUAAACCUAAGCCCAAAGUGAAGGUAUGGCAACCAAAACCUAAACCACCAGGUGAUAUCAAGAACCAAACCCCUCUAGCUGAAAGCAGUACAUCACCUCUAGAUGAGAAAAAAGCUCAGAAUUCUCCCAUUAAAGCAGCUGAAACUCUUACAGUGGAGGAGACUACUGAGACAUGGACUUCUGUUAACAAAAAUGUGGUACUUGAAACUUGGUAUGGUGUUAGUGAUGAAGAUGGAGAUGGAAGGAGAGUCACUGUGGUUGAAUGUGGUGGUGCCACGGUGAAGAUGGGAAUGGUUGGUGGUUGUGAGAGAGUGAAGAGAGGUUUUAGGAGAGAGAAUGAAGGAGAGAGGGAAAAGAGAAUGAGAGUGUGA